CAGUUUUUGGUUCGCUGCUUCCUCCUCAUCAUCUGCUCCUCACUGGUCUUCCACAAUCGGAACUUCACACUUCGAGGAGGAAGAAUAGCGAUCCUGUCUUGAUUUGCAAACAUCUUCGGGACUCCAGAAAAAUUAAACAUGUCGAAUCUGAUACACUUGGUAAUGAACAACUACAACGAAAUUUUUGAGAUGAAAAAAGACAUGAACGUCGAUUCGUGGCCGAUGAUGGGAUCGCCUGGGCCGAUGCUAUGCAUCGUGGGGACCUACUUAGCGUUCGUUUUAAAAGUCGGCCCGAAAAUGAUGGAAAAAAGACCAGCAUUCCAAUUAAACUCGCUGCUAAUCGCCUACAACGCGUUUCAAGUCGUGUUCAGCGUUUGGCUUACAAUAUUGGCGUUGAAACCCGGUGUCGGACUACUUAUGUUCUCAACCAAGUGCAACAACUCAAAUCGUGGGCCCGUCGACUUAGAACUCGAAGCUCAAGUAACGAGAGGAGCCUGGUGGUACUUCGUCGCGAAAAUCAUCGAACUUCUCGACACGGUGUUCUUCGUACUACGAAAGAAGCAAAACCAGGUCACUUUCCUGCACGUCUACCAUCACACGAUUACUUCGGUAUUCUCUUGGUGUUACCUCAAGUUCCUACCCGGGGAGCAAGGCGCACUUCUGGGUUGCCUCAACUCGUUCGUACACAUCGUCAUGUACUCGUAUUAUUUGAUCGCCGCCCUGGGCCCGCAGUAUAGAAAGUACCUCUGGUGGAAGAAGUACAUGACCUGGAUGCAACUGAUACAAUUCGCCAUUAUGUUCGCCUACUUGAUGAUGAUCCUCGCAAUGGACUGCAAAGUACCAAAAGCACUGACAUACUUCUUCUUGACCAACGUAGUGAUUUUCCUUUACCUGUUCAGCGACUUCUACCGGAAGGCGUACAACAAGAAGAAGGAAGUCUAAUUUCCUCCAGCAUGAACGUCCUCCAGUCUCAUCGAUUGGAGUUACCCAAGGGGAAAAAGAAGGGACCAUUAGAGAACAACCGAACAAACAUUGAAAAGACAAUGCCAGCUCUUCCCAAUUAGAGAAUUCUAAAUCAGGUUCCGUUCAAUGAAUUCAGAAUUUCGAGAGAUAACGGGCUCCCAGUCAAAAUCUAGGCCAAUGGGUCCAGACGAUCCGUUGUUCGUGGAAAGACACCGACUGACUGGAGAAAGGACAGUCUUGACCAAACUCAAAUCGCCCAAGGCGGGAUCGAAGUGGGAUACGACUCGAAACGAGAAAUCCUGCACCGUUUUGAGUGUAAACAGAACGGUAACUACUUCCCCCUAAUUCCUCGACAAUUAAUUCUCACAAGAAAUCGUUUUUCGUUUGAUCGAAUGGAUGCUCUAUUUUGACCCUUUGUAUAAAAAUAGAUAUUUAUAAUUCUGUGAACGCGUCGUGAGUUGAUUCUUCAAUUAAUUCGAACGAAGAAUCUUGUACAUACAUAGCGGAAGAAUUAAGUCGAGAGUCAAUUCGGGAUGUGUCAUAUCUCGUCGAUCCGUUCGAAAAUCUGCGUAGUUUGAACGAAUCGACGAACUCAGCGGUUGCAUCUGCCGCGCUUGACGGCGUGCGAUACUUAGGAAUUGUUACCGUUAACCGCGACAUAUGUGCGUUAACAUUGAAUUUAUUUAUAGGAGAUCGAUGGAGCUAAGAUAAAUUAAGAAAUAAUAAGCGUC